AUGACUUCAGAACUACCUCCACGCGAGUCUAACUUCAUGUUGGUCUACAGCACAAAGCCCGUAGAAGAGGCUCUUACGUUCGGCCUUCGAGGGAGUGACAUCCAGGACAUGCGGCCCGAGCCCGAAAAAGUAGAUCCCGCUUCACCAGAAGGCUGGGGAUUUACCUCUCCGACAUCGGAAGGGAUCUGCAAAUAUUGCCAACUUCUCCUAUACCCCGAUGCUCCCUCUCUUCUACAGCAUCAGCCGAAUGUUAUUAGUCUCGUCAACUCGGGUGAGACUUGCUCAACUUGCAAAUGGCUUGAAAUCAGCAUCACAAAGGGAUCCCCUACUCUUGUCGCCCGGUUUCGGGCCAAUGACCCGGAUUUGGUCAACGAGAACAGCACUGCUUGUCCUGUGACUGUCGUGUUGACCAAGAAUAAAAAGUUCACUCGGGCAGUUGGCUGGGUUGGCAACAGAGAUCUAUAUAUGAACUGUGGUUUACCGUUGACAAUCUCGACACCGUCGCGCCUCGGAGAUCUCGCUUCAAGGCGCUUUUGGGCCAAGCAUGAAAGUAGAGUGAAUCCUCAUAAACGGCAAGAAUUGAUCAAGACCUGGAUGAGUGAGUGCGACGAUCAUGAAAUCUGCAAAAAAUCGCUACCAUCGACCCGAAAUGCGCCCCUCCCCACUCGAGUACUCGACUUGACAGGUAGUAAAGAUCUCCCUGAAGAUGGAAACGACAUCAUCAUAAAAUUGCGAGAGACGAACAAGGACGAAACUGGUCCGUAUAAUGCACUGAGCUAUUGCUGGGGCAGAGAUACCAAGUUACACUUCAGGACUACUCACGAGACAAUGAAGGCACACAAAGAAGGAAUCGACUUUUUCUCCCUGCCACUUGUCCAUCGAGAAGCCAUCCUUACCACGCUAUAUCUCGGCAUCCGAUAUAUCUGGAUCGAUUCACUCUGCAUCAUUCAAGACUCGCGUGAAGAUUGGCAGACUGAGUCUGCUAUGAUGGGUUCUGUUUACUCAAACGCCCAUCUUACCAUCGCAGCUACUUCAUCGUCGUCACCUGACGAAGGACUUCACUGGCCAUUCCAAGGUGCAGAGACAGUUGACAUACAUGGAGAGGUCACGAGCAUUAGAUUUGAGACUCAUCUCUCCAUCGAUAAAUCCUCCGAGCCUCUCAACACUAGAGGAUGGACUCUGCAAGAAGCUGUUCUUCCAUCGCGACUCAUAUGUUUCGGCAAAGAGCAGUGGCUUUGGAAAUGCCCCAGUCGUUACGCCACCGAAGACGGUCUUAUCGACGGUCCCAGAUACAUCGAUAACGGACUUCCGCAAUGGCCUGCCUUGGUGCACAAAGGACCAGGCGGGGAUGGAAGGAACUAUUUGAGACAUUGGUACCAUGUAAUCAUCAACUACUCAAAACGCGAUUUGACGUACCAGACUGAUAAAUCGAAUGCUAUUGCUGGUCUAGUCGAAAUGUUCAAAAAGCAAACCGCGUAUACCUACUUGGCUGGUCUAUGGCAAGAGGAUCUAGCAGUUGGAUUGUUAUGGGAAGCUACCACGAAGGGCGUUAUUCGCGAUGACCAAGACGUUCCAUCCUGGUCUUGGCUUUCAGUGAAAGGUCCUAUUAAAGGGAUGGAAUACGGCAGCACUGCAACGUCGAUGAUUAAACUGAUCAAGGUUAACACAAGUCUACCUUCGAGCAUUAGCUUAACAGUCAAGGGCAGGAUUCUUCGUGCAACACUCGGCAACCGUUCUGUUACUCAAGAGUCUCGCCAUUACAUCAUUGCAGAGCCAAACAGCAUCGACGUUCUUGGUGAAGCAUUUUUGGAUACGCCACUUACUGAUGACGUUAAAAUGGUAGAAAUAAUGUGUCUUUUGGUGCUUGAUGUGGCUGCGCACGAAGAAUGUUAUGUUCUCAUACUGGCUGGCAAGGAGAAGGAAUUCCGUAGACUAGGCAUGGGUGUUCUUUGGUGGAAGAGCAAGUCCUACGAUGAUCCGAAAAUUGGUACUGGGACAUUGGAGAGAGCUAUGGAUGAUACGAUCACGCUAGCAUGA